AAUAAAAAUAAAAAUGAACAAAGAAACAUCUUUAGAAGAUUACACAUUACCUUAAUGGUCGUCUAAUUCAAAGCAUAAAUAUUUCUUAGAAGUAAUAAAAAAUAGGAAUUGAAAUUGAAAAAAUCGAAAUUUCAUAUAAAUAAUUUAUACUAAUAGGGAAAUAAAAAGAAUUAUGUGAUAUAAUAUUAGAUCACCCAUCCAUAUCAAGAAAACAUGCAAUAAUUCAACAUAAAAAUAAUGGCGAUAUAUUUAUGUAUGAUAUGAAAAGUACGCAUAAGACUUAUGUAAAUAAUAAAGCUUUACCAUCUUAAAUUUACCAUAAAUUAAAUGUUUUUGAUUAAAUAAGGUUUGGAUAAUCUUCCAGAAUUUAUAUUUUGAGAUGUUUAGAAGUAGAAAAAGAAGAGAUUGAGAAAAAUAUAGAAAAUAAUUCAGAAAAUAUAUAAAAACCAUAAUAAAAGAAAGGAUGGUAAUUUAAAGAAAUAUAUAUAAAAUUAAGGGAAAACGAUCCUUAUUAUAAAUAAGAAAUGAAAUAAAGUAAGCAAUUUAAAGGGAAAGAUAAUAAAUAAGAAGAAUUUAGUGGAGUUACAUGGGGUAUUGAUGAUGAAUAAGAAGUUUAUUAAUAUCAAGACGAAAGUUAAAUUGCUUUAAUUCCAGAAUUAUUAAAAAGAUUGCCGGAUUUAAAUGAAAAAUAAAUAGAAAAAAUCGAAAAAUAUGAAGAGAAAUUGUCCAAAUAUAGAAAUGUAGAAUAGGAAAUGUAAGAAUUAAUAAAAAAAGAACAACGAGAAUAUGGAUUAGAUGAAAAAUUGAGAUUAAAAAAGGAAAAUUUAUAAGCGAAAUUAAUAGAAACAUAAUAAAAUUUAGACAUGGCAGAAAAUAAUGUCCGUUUAUCGAUUUUUGAAGAAAACGUAGAAGAAUUAGAAGAAUAAAAAAAAAAAAAAAAUUUGAAUAAAUUUGAAAAUUAAGAAGAAUUUGAUGAAAAAGAUGAAUAUUUUGACAGAACAUUAGAUUAAAAAAAAGAAUGA